ACUUCAUAGGGGCGGCGGGAGUGGCGCUGGGAUCUUUCAGGAAGGAAGUUAGUACAACGCGAGCACAGCCCUACCUCUGCAGGAGAGGAAUGGAAUUCACCCGGAACUCACUUCCUCUUGAAGACGUGUAUUAAAUUAGGAAUGCAUUUCACCUAUUCGUAUUUAACUUUCCUGAUUGGGAAGUUUGCAACUUGGAAACCAUAUGAACAAAAAUAGCGAACACAACAGAGAUUGGAAAUGUCUUCUCCAGAAAGGAUCAAGUUCGAACUUCUAGAAAUAGAUAAAUGUGACGGUGACAUAUGUUCGAAGGGGGAUAGCGGGGUGUUUGUCAACUCAGAUGGAGGGACUAAGUUGCUUCCUGAUAGCUUCUCGGUGUUUCAGCAAUGGAAGUGUUCUACAUCUAGUUCAGGCCAAACAAACAGUACCUCUGUUUCGGACAGACACACAGACCGCUCCAACGACUCUUCGUUAUCCCCGGGUCUGAAUCCGCAGGACGCACAGAACGGACCGGUGACGGGAGCAGCUUCAGGGGCGGGUGAGUGUGUAACCCGCGGUCGUCCUGCAUCCAGUGAACUAUACCUCGAAGAAGAUCUGAGAGCCCCUCGCUUCUCCAUAGUGGACUGUCUGUUGGUUGAACUGUAUGACACCUAUAGCAGCACCCGGCGGCGUGUUGACAGCCUGGAUAGCAGUACCGAGGCGUCCAGUUCUGAGCCGCUCUGCCGCAGCAAUACUGGGUCCAGUUUCCUACAGGAACUACAGGAGAAACACACUAGAAGACACCAAGUAAACUACUUGUCCCAGAAAGCACCAGAAGAGCUGCGAUGCAUCAUAGCCGAGGUGCGUUACAGGACGGCCCUCCAGUCUGCCAAGCUGCUCCGCCAGCUGAAGCGGAGGGACCGCCUUGCUCACAAGCUGCAGAAGAACUAUGACAUCAUCACUGCCUGUCUGCAGGCCACGUCCCAGAAAAGACGGGUUGACACCAGGCUAAAGUUUACCAUAGAACCAUCUCUAGGCAAGAACGGCUUCCAGCAGUGGUACGAUGCUCUGAAGGCAGUAGCUAGACUGCCUACAGGUAUCCCUGAAGAGUGGAGAAAGAGGGUGUGGCUGACUCUUGCAGACCAAUACCUUCAUAGUAUAUCAAUCGACUGGGACAAAACUCUUCGCUUCGCAUUCAAUGAACGCAGUAACCCUGACGAUGAUUCACUGGGCAUUCAGAUUGUUAAGGACCUUCACAGGACCGGCUGUAGUUCCUACUCUGGGCAGGAAGGGGAGCAGGAUCGAGUGGUGCUGAAGAGGGUUCUGCUGGCUUUCGCUCGCUGGAAUAAGGCAGUAGGCUACUGUCAGGGCUUCAAUGUAUUGGCUGCUCUUAUACUGGAGGUAACCGAGGGCAACGAGAGUGACGCACUCAAGGUGAUGAUCUACCUAAUAGACAAGGUGUUACCAGACAGUUAUUUUGCCAACAACCUGCGUUCUCUGUCUGUGGACAUGGCUGUGUUCAGAGAUCUGCUGCGAAUGAAGCUGCCUCACCUCUCACAGCACCUUCAUCACUUGCAGAAAACAGCCAAUCAGGAGGCAGGAGGCAGCUAUGAGCCACCCCUGACCAACGUGUUUACUAUGCAGUGGUUCCUGACCAUGUUUGCUACCUGCCUGCCCCCUAAGGCCGUCUUGAAGAUCUGGGACUCUGUCUUCUUUGAAGGAUCAGAAGUUCUUCUGAGGGUUGGUCUGGCCAUCUGGUCUCACCUGGGGGAGCGUAUUGUGUUCUGUCAGACAGCUGAUGAAUUCUACAGCACUAUGGGUCGUCUUACACAGGAAAUGCUGGAGCACAGCCUCAUUGACUGUGCUGAACUCAUGCAGAAUGUGUAUUCCAUGGCAGAGUUUCCCUUCCCUCAGCUGGCUGAACUAAGGGAGAAAUACACCUACAACAUCACCCCCUUCCCGACAUCCCAACCUAAUGGCAGCAGUGGUUUGGGAGGCUGGGAGAGUGAUGAAGAUGGUUUUGAUGAUGAUGAAGAUGGAGUGGUGACAGCAUUGGGGUGUCUGGGUCCGCUGGGGGGGCUAUUAGCCCCAGAGAUACAAAGAUACCAGAGACACCUCAAAGACCAGCGUGGGGGGGAGCACGGAGGCAACAUGGCAGAGCUGAGUCCAGGGGCAGUGGGCUCUGCUGGUUUGGGGAGCCUGACACCCGGGGGCAGCAGAGCUGAGCACCAAGCUGCUAUCAACAGUAUGUUGCAGGAGAGAAUGAGUACAGACAUCAGUGCUCUGAGGAAACAAUACUCCCGCAUCAAGAAACGACAGCAACAACAGGCCAGCCUGCUAUAUAUACGCACAGAUAAGUGUCCAGCCACCAGUGUGUUUGCCUCUCAGCUCCAUCCUUCCCCUGUUGUCAACCACCUGUUGCUAGGCAGGAAGCCAAAGGGCGGUACCAGAGGGAUGCCCUCUCCCUCCAGCCUCCAAACCCCCCCCGCGCCCCUGGCCCAUUCCAGCCCGGCCAACCCUAACUCAUCCCAAAGGGAGAGAGACAGAGGGAGGAACCGGCUGGUAUCGCAGGCUGAAAACUCUCAUAGCAGGUUGGGGUCCCCUUGGCGCGCCCACGUGCGUGCCCACGUGCGUGCCCACCGCAGAAACAUUGCCCGGGCACGUGCACAGCUUGGGUUUGCAGACACUGAUGAGGGGAAGGAGGAGGGGACAAAAGAGGCAGGAGAUGAAGCUGAAGAAGAUGAUUAUGGUGAGAAUGAUGAUGAAGAGGUUAGUCCAUCUCCUGCUAUCCCUCUCCAGGGCUCCAGUGAGGAGGUGCCAGCUGCGACUGAGCAAGAGGAGCAUGAGGAAGAGGAUGAUAAAGCGGAGUGUCUGGAAUCUCUGGAGCAGACCCUAACUCCUCACCCCUCCUCUCCAGACCACGGGUCUCCUCACCCCUCCUCUCCAGACCACGGGUCUCCUCACCCCUCCUCUCCAGACCACGGGUCUCCUCACCCCUCCUCUCCAGACCACGGGUCUCCUCACCCCUCCUCUCCAGACCAAGGGUCUCCUCACCCCUCCUCUCCAGACCAAGGGUCUCCUCACCCCUCCUCUCCAGACCAAGGGUCUCCUCACCCCACCUCUCCAGACCAAGGGUCUCCUCACCCCACCUCUCCAGACCAAGGGUCUCCUCACCCCUCCUCUCCAGACCACGGGUCUCCUCACCCCUCCUCUCCAGACCACGGGUCUCCUCACCCCUCCUCUCCAGACCAAGGGUCUCCUCACCCCUCCUCUCCAGACCACGGGUCUCCUCACCCCUCCUCUCCAGACCACGGGUCUCCUCACCCCUCCUCUCCAGACCACGGGCCUCCAGAUGACUCCCAUUUCAUAGAGACUAUCCCUGCACUGUCUUCCAUCUCCACCUCCUCCAACCACCUCUCCUCCCCAGCCCUGGAUUCUCUUCGAGCCCCGCCCCCCCGGAAGGCGCUGGUCUCUCCCUUCCCAUGUGUCAAACAGCCCAGGAAGUCAGCUGCUGCCCGUAACCUGGGCCUUUACGGCCCCACUGGCAGGACUCCUACUGUCCACUUCCCUCAGCUCAGCCUCAACCGCACUCCCACUACUGUUCCCACCAGGCGGCGCUAGAGACAACAGUCUGAUGACACUCACACCAGACAGGGACAGACGACCAUCUCAGCAAGCUGCACACUGGUAACAUUAAGAUCGGGUCUGAGACUGGGUCUGACUGACUGGCUGGUUGGGUGACUAAAAUUUAGUCUGUACCUGUCUGUGUUCACCAGAUGGGAAACGAAAGACCUCUUGAAUUAUUUCUUACAAGGGUCUUGCUGAAGCCUCAGAUUAUGGGUUAGUGUGUAUGAGUCUGACCUAAUUCUUCACAGGGUUCUUAACAGAAGAAGAGCUGCCAUUUCCCUGCUGUCUGCUGUACACUGUCUAACCCUUUGACUUGAACACACCUCAAUCCCAUUAUGGAACAUCUGUCCUCUAAUGUUGUCUUCAAGAGCAUGUUGUGAUAUCACUUCCAUCAUAUAUAACUAAGGUUUCCAACCACAUUCAGCUAAUAGACUAAUCUCAAACCUCUCUACUUGUUAGUCUUUCUUUUUGUCUCUGUACACACUAUGGCAAUGACUUGUUAAAACUACCCCAAUGAAGUCACCCAAUUCUGGCCUCCAAUGAGCUCGCUGCACUUGUAAUAAAGGAUGUGUGAAAGAUGC